AUGACUACUUUUAUUCCCAAUAUUAUUAUGAAGAUUUCAAAAGACGAUUCAGAAUCGGAUUGGACUAGUACAGAUUCGAAUGAAUCAAAAAUUUUUUUCUCUUCUGAAUCGUCAUCCUCGGAUUGCUCCGACUCAUCAGAUCCUCCCAGAAGGAAGUUACAUCGAAUAACUACUUUUAUGCAAACUGUGGAAGAAUACGAUGAUAAAGAAUUUAAAGAGCAUUUUCGACUAAAUCGUUCAACUGUUGAUCUAAUAAUAGAUAUGAUUGAAACUGAAGAUGUUUUACAACAUAAUAUUGGAAGAGAGAAGAUAUGUGCACGAGAAGCAUUUUUAAUGACCCUGUGGUAUCUUUCCAAUACAGAGAAUUGA